CUUCCCCAUUCUGCUUUUUCCUAACGGCCGUGUUUCGAUUUAGCUUUAUUUCGAUAUUGUUGAAGAAGAAGCGCAAGCUUGCGUGAAACAUGUCGAAAGUCUCAACAUUAAAGCUGUUGGUGAAGCGCAAGCUAAAUGUGGCCAUUGAGGAGGUUUGGGAACUGUUUGAGAAGGCCAUUGCCGAGUACGAAGAGGAAUUCCGUCGAAAAGGAAGGAAAGAGGCGUGCGAGAGUGAGCAUGGUGUGGAGCCCAACGUUGGUCGCAAAACUCAAAGAGGUUCUCAGUGUGAGCUGGUGAAUAUUAAAGAGGAGGAAUGCGAGGAGCCACCAACAAAAAAAAGGAAGAAUGCGGGGAGUUCAGGCCUCAAGUCAAGUCCAGAAAAGGCAUCGCAAGCUCAAGAAGAAGUCCGUAAAAGUCCCCAAGGUUCGGAAUCCUUUGACAGUGAUCACGGUGACAUUGCCAAAGAACCUUUGAAGACAAAACCAAAGUUAAAGUGUUCUGACUGUGGUCAGAUGUUUGUCCACAAGGAAGAUUUGGCAAAGCACAAAAAAACACACACGGGAAAGAAACCUUUGACUUCUGCAGUUGUCCCUACACCGUCUGCCAAAGAAGCUUUGAAGACAAAACCGAAGUUAAAGUGUUCUGAGUGUGGUCAAAUGUUUGUCCACAAGGAAGGUUUGGAAAAGCACCAAAAGACACACACUGAAAAAAAACCUGCAGUUGUCCCUAAACCAUCUUUUACCUCCGCUAUCUCGAGUCAACAAGUGGCAACCAAAAGUGGCAGACCACAUGCUAAAGAUCUUCACUCAGCAACUGGAUUGUCAAAAAACUCCAGGGAUUACUUAAUGUCAGACUCCUCUGACUCUGACUCUGAUUCUGAUGUCUCCUUUGUAGAACCUUUGGAGAAAACAAAGAUGGUCCACAAGGGAGAUUUGGAUAGACACACAAAAACACACAUUGGGACGAAGAGCGCAGUUGUCGCUAAACCAUCCGGACCUGUGAAAUCUUUCAACUGCUCAGUUUGCGUUAAACGCUUUCCGAGUAGAGACCUUCUCAUAUCACACAUACGAACCCACGUUAAGGAGAAACCUGCGGCCUCCGGUCAACACGUGGUGCCAGAAAGUCCAAAACCUGACUCGCAACCAGACAAGUUGCCACCGGUCGCUCAACCACCCAACGCCGAGAAACAUUUCACCUGCUCAAACUGUAAGAGACACUUUUUGAGCGAACGUUUUCUCAUGUUACACAUGCGAACCCACAACGAGCAGAAACCGGUGGCCUCCGGUAGCUCCGGUCACGCUGCAGUCCCAGCGAGUCCAAAUCUCGACUCGCAACCAGACAAAUUGCGGCCAGUCGCUAGACCGCCUGACACGGUUAAAUCUUUUACCUGCUCCGUUUGCACAAAAAGCUUCCUGAGUAGAGACCUUCUCAUAUCACACAUAAGGACUCACACCGAGGAGAAACCGACGACCUCCCGUAUCUCUGAUCAACGUCUGGUGUCAAAGAGUCCAAAUGUUGACUCGCAACCAGACAGAUUGGCACCGGUGGCUAAACCACCCGACGCCGUGAAAUCUUUCAGCUGCUCAAUUUGCGCAAAAAACUUUCCGAGUAGCGCUCUUCUCAUAUCGCACACGCGAACACACGCUGAGGAGAAACCGGUGGCCUCAGGUAGCUCUGGUCAGCGCCGGGUGUCAGAGAGUCCAACUCUUAACUCCCAACCAGACAAGUUGCCCCCAGUGCCUAAACCACCAACUCUUAACUCCCAACCAGACACGUUGCCACCAGUCUCUAAACCAUCCAACGCUGAUCAAUAUUUCACCUGCUCAACUUGUAAGAAAAGCUUCUCGACUGAACACUUUCUGGAGUUACACAUGCAAACCCAUGACAGGCAGAAACUGGUGGCCUCCGGUACCUCUGGUCAGCACCUGCUGUCGGAAAGUCAAAAUAUCCGCCCAAGACCACAGAACCCGGCACAAGUACCAGACAAGGACGACGUGACGUCAGAUUCUUCGGACUCUGAUAGCGAUGCCAAAAAAUCUCCGGAGACCAACAAGAAGUUGCCGUGCUCAGAAUGCGGCGAGGUGUUUGUCCACAAGGCAGAUCUGGACGGACACAUGAAAACGCACACCGGAAAGCAAGUUGUGGACUCCACAGGCGUGACCAAACUCUUCUACACCGUCAAGUCUUUGUCCUGCUCGGUUUGUACGAAAAGUUUUGCGAGUGAAGAGUCUCUGGCGGCACACGUGAGCGUCCACGCCAACGAGAAACGCUCGCCCUCGACUAGCUCCACUCAGCUGGCGCCGACGCAAACCAACGGAGAACAUGGCGAGGAUACCCAAUCGGAACCGGAGAGCCUCUUUGCUCCGCUGUCAGAUUCGGACAUGUCGGACUCGUCUGCGGACGAUCCCAACGACAACAGCAGCGUAUCCGGAGCGACAAGCAAGAACUCGGAAGGUGAAGCAAACGGGAGCAAGCGAGCUGGAGACAACGCAAGACGCAUCGCUUGCUCUUUUUGUGAGAAAACUUACAUGAGGGAGCAUCACCUGUUGAGACACGUCAGAAGUCACCACCAGGGGGCGUCUUCGGAAUCCAAAGCCGGUGAAGGAUCGCAAGCGUGCGACGGCAAGCGGGAACCUCGGAAGAUGAAGAAAAAGUCCAAAGGCAACAAGAAACGGCAGGAAUGCAUCAAAAAUUUAAAGUGCUCACACUGUAAAAAACGUUUUGAGCAAAUGAGUCAGUUGACCCAACACUUGGUGUCGAGAAACUCUUGUCAUGUCUGCGAUGAGAAAUUUUGUUUUCCUGAAGAGAUGAGGGAACAUAUUCAGAACACACAUUGACAACGCGUCUUUAUUUUCUUCUUUGUUCAAAAAUGUUCACCACGUGCAGGAAAGUUCUAGAAGCUGACGUUUAAGAAGCUGACGAUCGGUCGGGCCAGUUGUUCAUACUGUUUUCUCAAAAUGUUUUAUUUUUAUAUACACGUGUAUUCUUUUUUUUCUCCCUAUGUAGAUGUGGUUUGAAUAAAAAAA